CAUAAAGAAAGCUAAAGAAAUGGAAGAUGAUAUGGAAAAAUAGAUAACUUUAUUAGUGUUACCAUCAUGAUCAUCAUCUCUACCAAUCUUCAUAUUACCAGUCUUUUGAGAAACUUAUUUCGAUAACAUAAUAACACAAGUGAUUGUCGAUUAAUUAGUAAUUCUGAUCACUUACAUUUGCCCUUUCGAUGUUUCACACCUAAAGAUGCAAGUUAUCCUUUCCUUUUUUACAAAUUAGUUAGAAAUUAGAAUUUUUUAUUCCAAUAUAAUCAAAUUUUAUUCUGUCAGCUUUCGAUUUUCCUUCCUUUUCAACUUUUAAUAUAAUAAUUGAAGUGUUUAAGUUUGAAUCUGUGAUUACAAGUUUUAAAUUGAAGUGUAAUUUUAGUCUCUACAAUAACACUUAACAGUAUUUCCCUUUUGUGUGUGAUUAAUUAACAAAAUCUAUCAUCCCCAUCACCAUCAUAAUUGAUCAACAAAUCAUUGUUAUACAUUGGUUUCUUCAUUAGCCAUUAGCUAUCCGCAACAAAAUUGACCGAUAGCCAGCCAUGAUGAUCUUUCAAUCGGGAAUUAAACAUUUGUGGACUUUUUUUGUGAUCACUUUAUCUCUCAACUUAAUACACACUCAUGGAAAAAUAAUUGACCAGGUUUAUGAACAAUGCAACAGACCAGUGGCAUCUCGUCUUCCCUUGGAAUGUAUUGGUUUUCCUAGGACAACAAGUGACUGUUUAACCCGUCAAAGCUGUGAUAUGGUAGCAAUGGUAUCAGUUGUACCAUCAACAGAUGGUAAUCAUUUCGAUGACAGUUUUAAUCUAACCUUGAUAGGUACCCAUCUAAGAGACGCAUCUAAACAUGAGAUGUCCUUUAUUCUUGAUGCUGCCUUCAUGCCAACCUACAAUCCUGGUGAAGGAACUUAUUACAAUUGUAGUUGGACUCAAGGAGAGCCAACGGUUGAUGUAAUGGUCAAAAAUCCUGGUCAAAUAGUUAGAUCAAUAGGACAAGGUACCAUAGAGGAAGAUCUUUUGGUAUGCCAAUGGGUUAUGAAUCGAUCCGCCACUACUUGGCCAACUGAUCAUGAAGCUCGUAAGAUUGAUCUGAUCACACGAAAAGUAGAAGUUAUACUUUUUAAAGAUGACGCUAGAUCUGGAAUUAUUUCAACAAGAUUACCAAUUUAUAAAUCGCGCUAUCUUUACAGCGACUGUGACCAACCAGAUAUUAAAUAUUGUCUUGGCUCUCCCUAUUGUGUUGGAGCUAACGAGUGUCAUGAACUUCUCACUAUUGUCCAAUCACCCAACAAGCCAGACUCGUUGGAUUUUAAUGUAUAUUCGUUUGAUUAUGUUACCAAUAAUUCUUAUUAUGAUGUGACCCUUUAUGCUGCCGAUGAUGCACCUGGAUUCCAAGUUAUUUGUGGCAAAUACUCGUUGGAGGCUUAUUUCAUUUCCCCCAAUGGAUCCCAAGAAUUGUCAACAUCAGUCAUUACUUCAAUGCGUACUCAUAUUGACACAGACUUUGAUGGUCUCCGUUGUAAUUGGACUCUUCCUAAAUUAUUUAAAGUAUUUGGAGUAACUUUCGAUACAAAAACAGUUAAAUACAUGGUAAAACUGCGACAUUCACCCAACUUUUAUGUUGACAAAGCUCCAGUAGCGUUACCAGGAUUCCAGAUAAGCGAGUCAAUUUACAAAGCUUGUUCAACCAAAUCAAAAGAACGCGAAUGUUUCGGAUUAAAUACCAAUGACCCGAUGGGUGAUUGUUUCACUUCUCGUGAUUGUCAGGCUUUCGCUGUUUUUACUGUUGAAGAUGAAACCAACUGGCCAACUUUUGUGGAACCCAAAAUGAUCCUUGAUCUCUAUGCUAGUAAAAGCCUAUCGUAUCUUAAAUCAUCAUCAAUGUCUACAGCCUCACCUCAAGCAGGAGUAAACAUGAGCUUAUCAUUGUCUACAGAAAAUGAUAAGGAAGCUAAAACCGUUUACAAAUGUACAAAUGACGGUCGAAGGAUAUCUUCAAUUGAAUACCCUUUCAGGCCUAGACCAGUUCGUAGUGGAUCAAUUUUCACUGAAGCCGACUGGGUUCGUUGCCAAUGGAUUUGGUGGCCCAAUGGAACCAAUUGGCCUACCAAUAACAGAAGUGAAAUUAUUGACCUUGUCAAUCAACGUCCAUCUAUACAAUUAGCUGUUGGUACCGAGAAAAAGGUUUUACCCGCAACAAGUGUAACAUUGCCAAUUUAUAAAUUGCGAUACUUUUAUCAAGAAUGUGAGAAAACUGGUGAAAAUUUGUGCCUUCAGAGUGAACCUGGUUGCUUAAAAUCAUCAAGUUGUACAUCGUUAAUUCACAUGAAGAAACAUCAUGGUGACACAAUCGAUGUGGAAGUUUUCUUGACCCAAGAUUUUGAUAAAUUGGAGUUGAUUUACGUUGAUCCAGAGGAAAACUCAAUCAAAAUUGAAUGUUAUAAUGAUAAAUCGUCUUCUGAUAGAUCAGCAAUUUCUGACGAGUCGUUUAAAGUUAAAAAAUCAGAACAAUUUCAACCAAUACAAACUCAAUUCACGAAAUAUUCUGAAAGUCGACGCUUUAAAAUGGGCUUUUCACGCUGCAGUUGGUUACAAGAAAAGCAACUCUCCAUUGGACCAUUUACAUUCAAUUCAGAAAUCAACAGAUACGAUAUUAAAUUAUUAGUGACCAGUUAUGACGGUUUUGUUGCUCGAUAUUCAUGGGACAAAGUGGCCAUUGUUGGUUUUAAAUCAAAAGACACUCAAUCAACUUCACCAUCUUUCUCCUUACCGUCUUCAUCACCAUCCAAUUGUUGGUUAGCUGCUUUAACUUUGAUUAGCCUUUAUUAUUAUCAUUUUGUUUCUUAUAACGCUGUCCAUGCUUUUUAAUGAAUUUAAUAACACACAAUAAAAUAACUUGUUCACUCUGAA